UUAAAGAGAGGGCAGCUAGUUUUCCGAGCUCCUGGCGUCAUUCAAUCAUUUCCUGAUUGCAAUCAAGCGAUCGGCGCCCGUGUGGAGAACAAAACACCGCCGGUGUGAACAGGACAGACCCAGAGUCUGCGCAGAGAAGUGACAAGAGUCAGGGUUUGUUUGUGCUAUGGCAGGUGACAGGACGGAGCGCGCUUAGCCGAUGCAUCAUCAUCAGACGCAGUCGGAUCUGAAGUCUGGCUGGCCCUCGACUGGUGACUCGGGAAACCAUAACUGGAAUAACACAAUGGACGCUCCUCAGUACCCAGGCUACCCAUCCCACUACUGGUAUCCUCAGUCUCAUUCCACAGGACACUAUGCAAACACCUAUCCGUCGGGAUCAGAGGUUCAGCCCCAGUACAACCCACAGGUGAUGCCUGGAGGUUAUCCAAACGGCCAUGGUGUCUACAGCCCACAGCAGAGUCAGUAUUCAACAAGUGGUUUCCACCCGUCCAACCCUUUCUACUGUGCUGACCCUCAGAGACCAGCUCCAAGUCCUUAUCCUAACCAGGGCUGUCCAGCAGAGCAGGGCAGUGGGCCGUCUGGGCAGCCCCACGCUCAACACCAACAUCAUCACUAUGCUGGUCCACACUGUCAAGGGACACCUGGAUAUCCUCCUGGACCGUACCCUCACUAUACUGAAGGUGGACAUGCAAUGCCUCAAAACUCCCCAUAUCCCACAGGCCAGUCUCUCCAUCCCAAUCCUCAGGCUGACGCAUGGGCACACUCUGGUGCAUAUGGACACUCACAGCAGCAAUGGCAGCCAGGCCAGCAGCCUCCACAAAACCACUAUGGAAGUCACGUCCGUCCACCACAUCCUCCAGCAUGGCCGGGGACUGGAACAGGCGCUCCGCCCCCAUACCAACCCAAGGACCAACUGCACCAGCGUGCACCACAAGUGGGACCUAAACCCAGGCCAACCCCAUCCCAGAAUCCCCCCAACGGAAAGCCUGCAGAAAUAAGUUCACCUCCUCAAAUGUACAACAAAACAGGGAGAGGGGAACUUAAACCCUCACAAGGGGACCCCCCGCCCUCACAAGCUCCAGCUCCAGGCCCAGCUGGACUUCAGCCCCUGAGCGACAACCCUGGCCUUGCUAAGGUCCAGCAGGUCAUGGCCAGGGUGCUGCUGCUUCAGGAAGACGUUGAUGAGUUUGUCGGCAAAAAGACAGACAAGAGUUACCGGUGUCUGGAGGAACUGCUGACCAAAGAGCUGCUGGAGCUGGACUCUGUGGAGACUCAGGGACAGGAGAGCGUCCGGCAAUUCCGAAGGGAGGCUGUACAGAGGAUCCAGGCCAUUCUGGACCAGCUAGAGAAGAAAGCCUUCUAAAGCGGAUUUAUUUAUUGGGUUUGUGGGUCACUAAGUUUUGCUGUUUCCUUCUUCCAGAUCUUCCAUGGACACAGUGAAGGUCUAGUCUUGUUCUUCUGAGCUGUUAUCUGUAGGCCUUUUCCCCCCACCAUCAUGAUAUGAAAUGCCUGGAGUAAAUGGCAGGGACCCAAGAACUAUUACUAGUACAUGGAAUCAAACUUUUCAAGCCUAAUUAUGCUGGUAUGGGUGACAUGGGGGUAGUAGAAAUGCAGACUUAUGGUUGUACAUAUCUGAAAACUUUCAGCCUCAGUGAGGGGCUGUGGCGACCACACAACCUGCGGCUCUGCUCAGCUCAUCUUUUACGUCAUGCCCUUGUCAGCAUAAUGCAGGACAGGGUCACUGGAGGAUAGAUUUAUUCAGUGCCACAUAGCAACUGUAAGUUUUCGCUAACCUGUGAUACAGAGUCAGAUUAUCAUCAUGCUGUCCCUCAGGAUUCUGGAUCAGUCUUAUUCUGAUCCUGAACACUUGCACUUCCUCAGCUGUGUCCAUCAUUAUGUCUCUCAGACCAUUUGCAUGAAAUUGUCCUUACCCCUGAUAGGGUCCAUACGCUUAGUUGCUCCUUCACAUGUCUGCAGGAAUAGGUGCAAUGCUUUUCCUUUCAGCUCCCAGCCCCGCAUGCAUUGUAAUGUCAGAUAAGCACUUGAUACAGUCCUGACAUCUCCGAGCUCAUGAUUGGACGUAGAGAGUGGCAGGCUAUUGAAAAGCCCCUGAAGAUUACUGUCCCCAUUUUAUCCAUGUUUUGGAUGAAACUGCUUUCUAAAUGCAGAUGUUGAAUCAGACCUCAUGUAUUUCACUAUUGUUAUAGCAGAUCCAUAAGGACAUGAUUAAGAAUUACUUGAAACGCUGUUGAAUUGUGUUAUCCCCCCCUUUUGAACACUUAUAUACAUAGGAUUUAGAAAUUGAUUUAUUUUUUCAGAAGUGUUCAAUCAGUUAAGGAAACUAUGUACUUAGUAUUGCUUUGUGUAAAGGACAAUUUCAGUCACAGCAAUCUGAUAAGCGCUUUACAUUCUGUUUCCUCUAGCAAUGAAAUCCUUUAACUUUGCACCACAAUCCAUUGUCUUGUGUAGCACUGGUAUUUUUUUUCCUCAAUCAUACCUCCCGUGUUGAUUUAGAAAAAAAAAGAGUGCCAUAUUUCAGGGGAUGGUUUUAUAUCAUUAGAAAAAAAUAAAAACAGAUGAUAAGAUUUGCAUGAAAGAAACUUCUGUCAUAUGUGUUGAUUUCCAUGUGCUGCUCUGUUUAGAUGGAGCACAACUGUACAGUCUCAGAUGUAAUGCAUGUGUCCAACCCAUGAUGGGCAUGUUUGCCUGAUGGAUAUCAAAGUUAUCACAGGUGAGGAAAAAACUGAAAUAAUUAAAUGUAUAUAUUUUUACCACAGGA